AUGCAUUGUAUAUGAAAAACGUCCCGUGCUUUGGCAAGAUUUUGAAAUCCGAUGAUCCUCCACAUUUAUAUCGAAAUUUCUUGUUACGUAAUUUAUGAAAAGAAAAAUUUCCCCAAUUAAAUCCACUGAUCCAUGCCUUGGAGAUAUGGUCUACUAAAUUAAUAACGCUAAUAAUGUAAGCCUUUGAUAGGCUACCAGACUCCUUCACAGGUAGUCCUUAUGCAAUUUCAAAGAUGUUUCGAUAAACAUUUAUUUUAGUUUACAUAAUGAUAAGACUUUGAUAAGUUUAAUAACAUUUUGCAAUGCUGUAUUAUCAGAAGGUGAUUUUUUGUUUGCUUCCAGCGUUUAACAACUUUUACAGUUAUGUAUCAAAUCACUCAUCUAAGCUACUCUCAUCUAAUGUUAUAGACAUAGGCUUGAACAUAUUUUUCGUUUGAUGUAUAGAUUGUUUCUAAGUGAAAAGGUGAGGAUACCAAACAGUGAUCAAUCUCAUAACUCCUAUAAGGAAUACAAAAUAGAGAGUUGGGUAAACACAGACCCCUGUGGGUAUCCAUAUAUAGUAAAUCUCACUGUUUUAUAAUUACAAUGAAGAUUAGAUUAUACCUGAAAAUGAAAUCCUUUCGAUUAUAAUUUCAAUCUUUGACUCAAUACAUGAAGAUAACUAACAGUGAUCAAUCUCAUAAGUUCUACAGAGAAUACAAAAUUAAGGGAAAGGCAAACAGGGACCCCUGGACCAAUAGGAGGAUUAAGAAUCCCCUGUCGACCGGUCACACCCAUCAUGAGCCCUAUACAUUGAUUUGGUAAACGGAGUAAUCCGUAGUCAACAGCAGUAUGUAAAGAACGGCCUAAUAAUUGGUAUGAAACACGCCAGACAGCAUCUAACCCAGUGAUAGCUUGUAUUUGCAAAUUAGAUUAUUAUAACGAUCAUUUGCGAAAUGCUGACUUAAAAGGAGACAACUGAAACCCCUGUAGAAUCCACCCAUGUGUUAGUAGCCUCCCUUCAUUAAGAAGUUGAUGCUACGCAGAACAUGCUCUUGCGUAUUGAAUCAACUGAGAGGCAUACACUCCAUGUGCCGGUGAUAGUGGAAUAUCGCUAAACAAACGUAGGAAGUUGACGAUGGAGAAACUGAAGUAAUUCUGUCGUGAAGUUGUGUUGUUAGUUUGCCGUUGACAUCUAUUCUGAAUUUUGGCCAAGGUCGCUACACAUUUAGUUCAACGUCGCUACACGGUUGGAUUAAGGUUGUUACACAUUUUGGUCGAUGUCACUAUAUGCAUGCGUAUUAAGGUAUUCAAUGUAUAAUGACAAUAUUUGAUAUCUAAUAAAUGGAUGGUGGAAUAUUUGUAAUCUUGGUAUCAUUUUGAAUGAACCGUUUUCCUGUGUGGUAGGGCAACUUUAACACUAGAUUGUUGAUGGACCAUCAAAUAAAAAUAAUCCACCAUAGGAAUUUUCAAAAUUUUGUUUACUGCCUGAUUUAUUUCAUCUAGAUUUUAACAUUAUCGUAUUUGUGAAAAACAUGUUUUAUUACAAUAUUUUAAAAACAAAUUAUAUUUUCAUAAUUAUCUCUUGGUAGAAAGUUACAUAUACUUUCUUUUUAUGAAAAUAUGAAAUAAAAUUAAUCAUUGACCAUACACAUUUUUAGAAAAUUAGAUUUUUCUUAUUUUUACAAGCAACUCUUCCAAAAAGUAUUAAGUGCAAAAAGGCCAGCUUCUAAUCAUUUACCAGUCAUGUGAAUUUCAUCUGCUUCACUUUCAUCAUUAUUUAACAAUAAACUUUUAUGCUGAUCUAAAUCCUUCAAAAUUGUUCAUUAUCCUUUCAUUAUACAUGGAAUACCUUAAAGCAAAAUUGAUCCAAAGAUUGAAUUAGCCUUUAUCCUACACUAUUAGACGGAAUCUCAUGAAAUUCCACCUAUUGGUCACAUUUCAAUGGCACUUAGUUUAUCAUGUUAAUUAUUUAUUUUGUGAAAUGUAAUCCUUCUUCUUUGCACAUGGUUUACAUUCACAAUGAUUGCCAGUGACCGACUACAGAUUCUUAAAAAAGAUUAUUCCCACACUCGUUUUGAACGGAAUCUCUUUCAACAUGUUUUUAUUUCUAGUUUUUGGUUUGUUUUUUGUUUGUUUGUUUUUUUCUUCUUUUUUUGUUUUUGUUUACUGUUCUACAGACUUGCAGCAACAAGCAACAGCGAAACAUGACAAUUUCAAACUAAAUACAUUAAUGGCAACUUCAUUAGAGGUAUUGCAUAGACAGCACCGAAACAGUUUUAAUAAUCCGCCGAAUAAAUGACCGUCAAAGAUUCAACGAGACACCGUCCACUAUACAUCUUAUAAUGAUGUCUAUAUAUACACUCUAAAACCGCUUCACCAGUCUUCAGUUUUUCGGAGAUCUGAAAAGGCUCACAAUUCCUGUGUUUGAUAAAAAGCGUCUGGAAUUCUCAAAGAAUCAGGCGCAAUAAUGAUGGUCUGGGAAUUCCCUUUUGGCAAACUGACACGUGAUAAAAAUUUGCAGCCAUCAUUUUUAUUCAGUUUCGGUAUUUUUAUUUCUCAACUGGAUGUACUACGCUCGCAUUCAUAAACUCACAUGGACAAAAUGCUAAUUAUGUAAGUAUAUUGAAUUUCUUGUAAUUCAGAAUAAGCCAUAUCUGCUUGAAAUUGAUAUCAAGUGUUUUUUUAAAGUCAUAUUUUGUUUAAAAGACAUAUUCAGGGAACCGUUUUCCUGUGUGGUAGAGCAACUUUAACACUAGAUUGUUUGUUUGAAACAAAUUUAGAUUUAAAAGAUUUGUAAAUGGAUAAACUCAAAACAUUCAGCUGGGUUUCUUUUCCCCCCGAGUCUUUCAAUUUUGAGAAGAGAUACUACAUUGUGAUUAAAUCGUUAGGGAAUAGAAUGUUUGUUACUUUUAAUCAUAACUUUGUGUCAAUGAUAAUGCAUGGCUUUUUAAAAGUCUUUAGACCGAGUUCAGUAUUGACCCAGACGUUUGUUUUCAUUCCGGCACUUCGAUCAAUAUCAACUCGUUCAAGGACAAAGUUGUCGGUGUGCCUAGAACUUUGUGAAAAUCAAAAACAGAUAUCUACUGAGAUCGGUGUCAAAAUUGUUGAACAUUAUACGCUUGCAAAAUGAGAUUGGUGGAUAGUCCUUGUAUGACUGCCAGUACACGUGACUUUUUAUUGCACUCGAUACGUAAACAUGCAUUAUAUGAAUUUCAUGUUAAAUUCCUAGAUUUACAUCUGCAAUGACACAAAAACACAAUAAAUAGUCGGCUUCAUCAAGUUCAUGUAUUAAUCCACGCUUCCAAUGUUUUAUAAACCCAUAAUGCAAACGGCCCCGGCAUUUGUUCCUUAUAUAGAUCUACAUUACAUUUUGUUAAAGUUGUUUUUGUUAAGGUGAUACACUUUUGUACAUAAUAUCAGCUCUUAUCGAGAAAUGUAAAGCACGUACAUUGAAACAAAAUAGUAUCACCACUAACAAAUGUAAAUAUUAUAGAUAACACAUAUAUAUGUAGUAUAGAUACACAUUAGUUUUGAUUAAUUGAAGAGCUGAUAUCGAGAACCUGAUUUUAAUAAGAUAUAAUUUAUCGCGUGCCAAUAAAUACACUGUGAGUACACGACCUUCCAAUUGCAUUCAUAGUUUGAAUUAAGAACACGUGUUACAAACAAAUUAUUGGAUGAGUGGGUUGAUUUCGAAGUAGUUUAAGCAAUUAAUACAACUUUGGGCAGUACAACCUAUCAGCAUUUAUACGAUAAAUAAAUAUAGAUAUCUUAACAAUGUAACAAGAAGAUAAAUAAAUAUAAAUAUCUUUGGCUUAUAUUGUGGUUACACGAGUAAUUAGUACAACAAUUAAAUUCCUAAAAUCUUGAAAUAGAUAAAUGUCAAAUUCACAAUGAACGUUUAGAAGUGAGAAACUAGAUUUGUAAACUAUAGUUUAGAGAAUGGGAAGCAUAGUUUAUGUAAACCGACAGUAAUGGAUUAUAAGUUGCAUGUAUUGUUGUCUAAAACUCGUCUUUGAUUUCAAUUGAACAGAUCACUAGAUGUAUACAGGCUAGGGACGAUAAACCAUUACAAUGUUAAACUUUAUUUAACUACCAAUAAUUAAUUGAAGUUUAAAGCUUUAUUUAAUUAGUCAAUUAAUCUUUUUUCGUUAUAGAUACCAAUUACACACUCUGAGUGAUACGAAAUAUUCAUUUUUUUUUUUUAUUCGUUCACUAUAAUUAAGAACUAUACGAUGUAUAUGGACACGUAGAUAGAAACUAUAGUUUUGCAUCAAUGUUUUAGUUGAUUAGUUAACCAAAUGGUUGCGCGGAGUAAAAUAUAAUCAUGUUUGAUCAUGACCAGUUGUAACAUUAUGAAACCUGGUUAAGUAUAUUUAUAUAAGUAUAUUUAUAUUUUAUGUCAAAAUCACAUAAAAAGAGCGGUCCUUCAAAUGAGACCGCAAAACCCGAGGUCCCGUGUCACAGCAGGUGUGGCACGAUAAAGAUGCAUUGCGAGAGGGUAUAUAGUAACGGGACUAUUCGGGGGGGGGGGGGGGGGGGGGUCCGAAGGGUAUGGGGGGAUGUGUGUGUAACACUGAACUCGCACACUACAGUUCGAUUGAUAUUAGAUAGGGGCCUACUUCACAUGUAACUUCGUUAUCAAGAGAGGAAGAACCCUAUUGAUUUUGGGGUCAAACGAUCGAAGUGACCAUGGUCAUUACAGGUCUUCAUAGGAAAGGGUUGUGGACACUUUAGAGGGCAUAUGUUGUUGUGUUUUGUUUUUUUCAAUUAUAAUUUUUUGCUCUUCACAUGUAACUUAAUAUCAAGAGAAGAAAACUCAUUGAUUUUUGGCGUCAAAAGGUCGAGGUCAUUACGGGACAUUAUGGAAAAAGCUUGUGGACAGGGACAUAUCCCGCCUUGUGGAUCAGCCUCGUUCUACUUACUAGUAUCCCAGUCCGGUCUCCAAUCAUCUUACUCUUGUGUAAGUCUCCAUGUUAAUUAAUUUUAAUGUCAUAUCUGCUCUCUUUCAUACUUGUCUUUAAAACGUCAGAACACGAAGUUAUGUAACUAUCGCAGAGAGCAGUCAGUUACCCUCGGUAAUAUAGGAAACUGCCUGUCUUCAUUUGGUGAACAGAAAAACAGUUAUAUAGAUCGGCUCAACUGUCUUCAAUGCUAUACAUAUACUCAAAUUAGUCUACCUAGUUUAUUACUACUAUAUAUAUAUCAUUGGUGCGUGGAAAAUUCUCGAAAGGGGUGUAAAACCAUAAACCAAAAAAAAAAAAAAAAAAUGAAAAUCUUAUCAAAUUAAUCAAUGUCAUCGUCACAAACCAUGCCUAUUGUCCACAGGCACUUGUUUCUGUAAAUGACUUAUGACCUGUUAUUAGUAUACAGAGGUCAUAAGUCAUUUACAGAAACAAGUGCCUGUGCUGUUGUCUCCGUUUGAACACACUACGUCAUAGGUAGAUUAGGUACUCCAGGACGCACGUGGCUAGCAACGGUAAUCAACGAAAACAUGUCAAAAUGUUGAGACACUUGUUCUGCAAAGAAAAAUGUGAAAAAUACCCAAGCACAGAAGCGGGUUCAGGGUGUGUGUGUAUAAUUUAUAUGUGGAAUCUUAUAAUGCACGAGGGGUCGCGGAAUCCGUUAUUCGGAAUACCCCUUCUGACUAAUAAAUUUGAAAUAUGACACUUUGGUGACUUGUUUAACUAUAAAUAGAUAGUCUCAGAUAUACAUUACAGUGUUGUAUGAUUGAAUGCAUAUUGUUUAACGUACCUCUCGGAAAUCUGCAUGCAGUGUUGUGAAAUACAGGUACAUUUGCAUGCACAUCAUAGGUCUGUACUUGUAGGCAUGCACAGUGCAUCACCCCAAGUUUUCUUCACUUUCAGGCGACAUCCGGGAAUUCCGAAAUUAGAAUAAUUUCCCAAUCUAUAUAUAUAUCUUCCGGAUUUCCAGCGUUAUCCCCCGCGUUAAUAGUUAUGUUUCUGUUCAAAACUUUCAUUUACUCUGUUCACAUGGAAUGUUACUGUCAUAAAAAUGACGACCAGGAAUCAUGAAAGCUGCCUUCAAACGGUCUUUGUCGUACCCUGAACAAGGAUACAUGCCCGUCACUGUGGACGAUACAGAGUGUGAAGUUUUCACAUCGAACACGCCCUCCAUAAAUCAAAACAUAAAACCAAAGCGCUCAAUCUCAGACUCCGGUGUAGAAAUUACUACAGCAAACAUGAGCGAGGUAAACGAAGACAGCAUGCAAGAAGAAGGGCCGUCAUCGACCAAUAGCGACCCCACUUCAAGAAAGACCAAACCUGGAAGGAACAUCAAGAUUGGAAUCAUAGUCCUGUUUUUAAUGUCUGUGGGACUACAUGUACAGUUUUUGAUCAGCUACUUAAAGGAGAAUAAUGCUGAUCCGAAUCCCACUUUACUUAAAGCUCCUGAAUCACUGAAAGGCUUAAGAGAUGAAUCAGAGUCAAAUGGAGGUCGCUGUCUCCUAACGAUUGAAUAUGACAAGAACAUUAAAGCCUUUGACACCUUUGACAACGGUUCCUGCACUCCUUCCGGAUAUGAAGGUGGAGCUAUGCCGAGUUGUAUCUGUGCUAAACGAGUCAGUGAAAAUGAGACCAGCAAGCUGAAGGCUUAUAAAUGUAAAGACUGUAUCGACGACUUUCCUCCCUGUCAGAAUGGAGGAACACGGAAAAAAUGUGAAAGAUGUCAUCUGAAGGAGACAGAGUGUGGGAAGUGUGAAUGCCCAACAGGUAAUUACACCGGAAGGUACUGUCAUCUCCCAGAGAAACUGGAAUGUGUGAAAUGUGAAAAGACAUGUUCCUCGUUGUCGACAUGCAAUAGCAAUUACACACACCCGUGUCGAUACAGUUUCAAGUCAACAGUUUUGAAAUGCUCCAAACCAGAGAGUGGGGACAUAAUAGACUGCGCAUCAAUGUUCAAUUCACCAGAACCUCCACCUCUUAACAGAAAUGAAUUCAAAGGAUCAGAUAGAUACACAGUGAUGAAUUCUUCACAGAGUGCCCCUCUCACAUGUUCACGUGAAGUUAAUAUUGUCUAUCUUGUGUUAGACUGGGUGGUUUUCAUUGUGAUGUGUUUGCACAUCGUCUACAAAACAUGCAAUAUAAAUAAAUCUUGCAACAAGAUAUCCGACGACAAAAUCAAAAGGAUAUACUGGGUGUAUAUUUUAUCUGUUGUGCUGCUGAUUGUUAUUCCACCCAUCGUACACUGUGUCUCGUGCUGUUCCAUCACGUGCAAUUCUCUGGAGAAAGCACUUCCGUUCGUAAAAGCAUCUUUACUUGCGAUUGUGUUAUUUUUAUUAUGUUUUCAUGUUGGAGAACAUUCGAGUAGUGGAGACGAACAAGGUACGGAAAACGGAGAGACGCUAUUGCAGCGAUGAAGCUACAUUUUUUUCCAAACUAGUAGACCUGCAACCCUGAUGUCGGCAGUAAUGUACUGAAGGAAUGCCUAAUAGCUAUACGAGCCAUACAGUGAUCUCAGAUUGAGUUUUCUCUCUCCAUCUAAUCCAAAUAAAUUGUGGGGGCUCCCCGAUUGGUGAUAUGUGAACAUGAAUAUAUUCAUAAAAUUGAGGACAUUCUUCGCCAUACAACCACAGCUAUGACUUAGUGUGAGCAAAGACAAUAGAGGCCGUUUGCGACGAUGAGGACAUAAUGGGGUUAUGUUGGAUAGUACAGUAGGUAAAGGAUUGUCUCUCCUGUUCCACGUGUAUCUCUAAUGAAGCCUGAAGGAGUUGGUUUACCUAUCUGUCUUUAUCAUUGGUAAAAGCAAUAGCUGUCAGGAGUGGAUCCAGAAAAUUUUCAAAAGGUGUGUAAUUUUUCCGUUCUACAGGAGGGGGCGAAGACCUCGAAAUGGCAAAAUAACAUUUUUGUUAGAAAAAUUAUUCAACCGAGACGGGGGUGCAACCCCAGGUUAAAUCCGCCACUGGCAGCUGUAAUGAAUCAUUUCGUUUGAUAAUAUUGGUUAGAAAAAUGUAUUUGAUUCUAUGAUUUUUUGAAAUUGCUACGGUAGAUUCUUAAAUAUACACGAGGAAUUUAUAAUUGCAUAAUUUUGCGAGAAAUGCCAAAUAUAAAAUAGAAUUUACUUGCUUUUAUUUUUAUAUUGCUGAAAUGCAUGUUAAGACUCUUGAUCAAUAGACCACCCGCGAAUUCAUGAUGACGUGAUCAAUAGACCACCCGCGAAUUCAUGAUGACGUGAUCAAUAGACCACCCGCGAAUUCAUGAUGACGUGAUCAAUAGACCACCCGCGAAUUCAUGAUGACGUGAUCAAUAGACCACCCGCGAAUUCAUGAUGACGUGAUUUGAAGUACUCGUGUAAAAUAAGGAGUCUACGGUAUUCGUUGAAUACAAAUUUUUUUAGAAAUCCAUUUUUUGUUAUUGUGUAUUUCAUGUCACAAUUCAUACAAACGUAAUCAUUUUGUGGUUUUUGUUUUUGUUUGUUUGUUAUAUAUGAUUACAAUAUGUAUGAUUUUAUAGAAUAUAAUUGUGUAUUAUAUAGGUCAUUUAAUUAUAUUUGAAUUUUCAAUGUUUUUGCCUCAAAGUUUGUUAGCUUCAAAAUUUGUAAUGAUAGCCAUUUCCUCAUGUAAACAAUGCAUGUUUGAAUCUUGAUAAACAUAGUACAGGUUAGGAACUCCAACAGAAAUGAAAGUAGAAAUCAACUUCAUUGUUGAAAAUACAUGAGGGUAUGAACUGCAAUACUUCUCACCGACAUCCUAACGCGCCUCAUGAUGUGCCAGCGUGAAGACCGACAUCCUAACGCGCCUCAUGAUGUGCCAGCGUGAAGCGUUGCUAUUUAUACCCUCAUGUAUUUUCAAAAAUGAAAUUUACUUCUUAAAUAUACAUAGAAGUUUUGAUAACUAUACUCUGUACAGAUGUGAAUCUUUAUGUCACGUGUGAAUUGUGAUAGUAUUGAUAUAGGGUUACAUCACAGUGAAACUGCUAUUACAGCUGAGACUGUACAUUUGUAAGAUGUGAAUCCUUCAGUUUUACUAAAAGUUCUCGUUACUUUUAUUGUAAAAUGUUAUUUUUACCCAUUUAUAACAAGUAUUAUUUUUAUAAUCAAAAAGCAAUAUGCAAUUUAUUCUGAGAAUAGAAAAUAUUGUUACAUAUAUUUUUGCAGUAUUACAAUAAUUGUGUGUUACAGUAAAUCAUGAUUAUAGCGAACCUCCAGGGCCAGUGAAAAACAGUUCAUUAUAACCAAAGUUCAUUGUGCAGUAAAACACAGUUAUAGUGAACCUCCAGGGCCAGUGAAAAACAGUUCAUCAUUUGGUAUUUCCCUCAUAGGAAAAUAAAUAUCACUUCGCAAUAAGCGCAAAUUCGUUAUAAGUGUGAAUUUGUUAUAAGCGUGUUUUACUAUAAUAUAUAUAUAUAUACCAUAGUGUAAAUAUCUUUGGCUUCUUGUUGACUCUCUGUUACCACUAUCGUGUUAGUUACAUCUGUAUAUUGUUCACGAAUCAUGAUUAUAGUAUAAAUGUUAGUCGUUAAUUGUUUUACUAUUCAUUAUAAUAAAAUUUAAAAUCUGA